CAUAUCGACCUUGAUCACCUGACGAAAAUGGGCGAUUGUCAUCGCGGAAAGUUUUGAAAGACGUUUUGCUGCCUGUGCUUCUGUUUUGCUAGUCAGUUGUUGUAUGCCUGGUUUUACUACGUUUUAUUGCGAGCUUGAACUGUCAGAGAUUCUAAAAUGGAAAGUUUAAAGAAUCAGCCUGACCUACAAGAUAUUUUUCAGAUGGAAGCUAAUGAUAUAGUAACUGAAGGUACAAAAAAUGCAAUGUCACCGGAAAGAAAUCAACAUAAUUCAGACAACAUGACGAAAAUAAUAACUCCAGCAAAAGUACUGAUGGUUGGCGAACCUGUCAUGGUAAAAACUGAGCAAAAUGAUGAAAAACAACAAGAAAAUAGUAUAAAUGACCCAAAUACCAACACUGCUGAAGUGUCAGGAAGCAGUAAUGAAGAAUUAGCCGAUGGAUUACAUACGCCUUCUCCUGAAACUGCUGCUGCAAUGGAAAGCUUUUUAGCAGAUGAUGAUCUAUCGUCAGCAUCUCCCAAAUUGGAAGAAAAACUACCGACGCCAGUUAACUUCAUAAACACAAAUGCAAACAAAAUUGUCACCAAGCCACAGACCAGUAUAAUGGCAUCGAUAAGGACACAACAACCAAUAAGUUUGGCUGGAAAGAAGUUCAUGGUAGCAACCCAACCUAUACAGGUGGUAAGAAAGGAUGGAGGAGGGGGUCCUGUUGUUACAAAAUUUAUUGUGAAGAAAUCCAAUACUUCAACUGCAGCAUCAUCUAAGACUCCGGUCGUCUUUACAAAAGCAAAGAAUAUCCAAGCAUCACCUGUGAAAACAUUAAAUCUACAAUCUGGAAGUAUUGUACUUUCUCCUAUAAAAGGUGGAUUCAAGAUACCAAUCUCACCCGUGAAGAGUCCAAUUAAAGUAUCAGUUAUCCCACCAUCUAAUUCUCAAAAAUCAAUUUCAACAGGAAAAUCGUUUACAAUACCAAUACAAACAUCAAUUAGUAAUCAAUUCCAACAUAUGACACAGGCUGUCGUAAACAAUAAUUCUUUACCCAUGGUAAAUGGUAUUGGAGGACAAAUCAAUAAGGCAUUUGUUGGACAACAACAAAUUACGAUACCUAUACAAAAUAAAAUAAUUAAUGUUAAUUCAAAUCAAUCUCAAAUCAAAUACAAUGGCAAUAAUAACCGACCGAAUCAACUUGUUCAGAGAAUUAAUGUCGUUCCCAACUCUACAACAAUGCAGGAUUCUCAAGGAAUGAAGAUCCAGUAUGUUCAACUAGUACCUCCGAAUAAUAAUAAUAACGCUCAACAACCAACCAUAAGGUCGAAUCAAGGUCAACCGAUCACUUUUACCUCCAUGGCUCAACUCAAUGGCGGAAAUUUAACUUUGAAUCAAUCACCUGGCGGCGCUUUAACUUUUAUUCAAUCCAACUUGCCAAAACUGCAACAAACCUCAAACACUCAACGAGUAGCACAAACUGUUAAAGUCGCAAUCCCAAGUCAAACAACACAUCAGGCAAAACCUCAACAACGACUCAUCAUGCCAGCAACAACACUGCAGCCUAUUCGUCCUAAUUUUUCAGCAUUACCACCUGGUUCUGUACUUACUCCCAGUAACGUCGGUUAUGCAAUGGUGCCAGCUAAAUAUGUCGAGCAAUUAACAAAACAAUUAAACAGUCAGGCAUCAUUCGUUCAAGAUACCUCAAUACAACAGUUACAAAAGGGAAUGGCGGGGAAGGUUGGUAACAACGGAAAAUUAAAGAAACCUUGCAAUUGUACAAAAUCACAAUGUUUAAAACUAUAUUGCGAAUGUUUUGCUAACGGACAAUUUUGCGACGAAUGUAAUUGUAUAAAUUGUUCUAAUAAUCUGGAACAUGAAAGUGAAAGGUCAAAAGCUGUGAAACAAUGUUUAGAAAGAAAUCCAGCCGCAUUCAGGCCCAAGAUUGGUCGAGGUAAAGAUGACAACAGAACACAUCAAAAAGGUUGUAACUGUAAAAGAUCAGGAUGUUUGAAAAAUUAUUGCGAGUGUUAUGAGGCAAGAAUUCCAUGUACAUCCAAAUGUAAAUGCAUCGGAUGUAAAAAUUAUGAAGAAACAAAUGAUCGGAGAUCAUUAAUGAGUUUAGCUGAUGCUGCAGAAGUUCGUGUUCAACAGCAAACAGCAGCUAAAACCAAAUUAUCAAAUCAAAUUGGUGAUGUUAGGCCAACUGCUAGAACAACAUCAUCUGGUGAAAGAUUGCCGUACACAUUUUUUACGCAAGAAGUUAUAGAAGCAACUUGUACUUGUUUAUUAGCUCAGGCAGAAGAAGCUGAAAAAACCAACAGACCCAUGGUAGUUGCAGAAACCAUGAUUUUAGAAGAGUUUGGAAGAUGUGUAAUGCAAAUUAUACAAUCUGCCGGUAAAGCUAAAGUGAUUAAUUUACACUGAAGCUUGAAGAAAUCAUAGUAGCAUGAUUGGUACAAGCAUGGCAUCAUCGUUGAUCGAUAUGCCGAGCAUAUGUCAAGAAUCUGAUGGAAUCCGGUGCGAGGUUGAGGAGGAUACAUGUGCAAUGAUAUUAAACCUCGAUUCCUGUUAGUGGUGAUGGUGCACUAUGAAAGUGACUUUCUGUCUACUCUAAAAUACGAGCAUGAAAGAAUUUGUAAUAUGUUAGUGCAAGCGUGAUUUCAACCCAGAUGGGAAAUUAUGUCAAUUGUUUUGGUUUGAUAACGAUCAUGAGUUCUAUAAUGAAUUUUGUGAAAAUAUUUCCAGUAAAGGUGUAAUUUUGUAGUAAGCUUUAAAAAAUAUUUGGUCUCUAUUAUUACAAAGAGGUUAUUCAGAAAUUCAGUUUGUUAAAAUUUUUGUUUCUUGCUGCCUCGAUAGAUUUCUGUCUACUGUAGUUUAGAAAAUAGCUGUUACUAAAUAUUAAGCACACUAGGAGAUGACGCUCUUCUCAUAUCCCAGUUUUAUCACAUGAGUGGUUAGUCUGUGCAUAAGUUGAAAAUUAUGAUAAGUUUGAGAUUUUGUGAUCACCAUUUUCUUCACUCAGUCGACAAAAGUUACUUUCCACUUCUAUUUAGUAUAUUGCUGUUUUCUAUUGAUCUAUUUCUGUUUUUCUCUUUGUUAAACUCUGGAAAGCAGUUUCUAAAUAUGUAUUUAUUUUUAUCGAGCAAAAUUGAUAUUUUAGAUAGUGUUGAUGUUAAUCAAUAUUCCAGCAGGCCUCGGUCGUCUGUUUAUGAUCUGUUGUUGUGCAUUGUAUUGGUAUUCCUUUACGAAAUGCAUACUUUCAAACUAUGUGGUAAGCCCUUUAGAAAUAUAAUAACCUCAUCAAAUCUUUGUCAGUUGUUCAUCUUUUGUCAUUUAUGGUGGACAUAUUCAUUAUCAAUGGCUUCGUUUGAUGUUUUUGGUGCAAAACAUCUGAAUUAUUUUCAUGUGUUUUGUAUAUAUAUAUACUUCUGAAAUUUUUACGACCGCAAAUGUGGUGUGGCAAUAUUUCUAAUUGCUAUUAGAAAUAUUUUUUGAGAGCCAAUUUUACGAAUAUAAAAAUUUUCUAAGCAUUUUAUACAGAAAAAUUUAAAUUUUUGCUAAAUUUAUUGCGUUCAUCGAUUUAAAUGAUAUUUUUUGAAUUAUUGUUUGUUGCCAAGCUUGGGACCAGGACAAAUCAUAUAUUACAAACAUGAUUUAUCCUAGGUCACACUUAGCAUGUCUUUUUCAUUGCUUAAUUGCACUUUUCAUUGUGUGCUCUUUUUUUGCAACACAAUGCCACUGAUAUAUACCUAAUCAACGUUUUUCUUAAAUAAAUUUGUGCCUAUUUUGAUAA